GGCGCCCGGGCCCUGGAUGUCCCGCAGCGCGGCGGCCAGCGGCGGACCCAGAAGGCCUGAGCAUCAUCUGCCCCCAGCCCCCUGUGGGGCCCCGGGGCCCCCUGAGACCUCCAGGACGGAGCCAGACGGGGCUGGCACCAUGAACAAGUUACGGCAGAGUCUGCGGCGGCGGAAGCCAGCCUAUGUGCCCGAGGCCUCGCGCCCACACCAGUGGCAGGCGGACGAGGAUUCUGUGCGCAAGGGCACUUGCAGCUUCCCUGUCAGGUACCUGGGCCACGUGGAGGUGGAGGAGUCCAGGGGGAUGCAUGUCUGUGAGGACGCCGUGAAGAAGCUGAAGGCGAUGGGCCGGAAGUCUGUGAAGUCAGUCCUGUGGGUGUCAGCGGAUGGGCUCCGAGUGGUGGACGACAAGACCAAGGACCUGCUGGUGGACCAGACCAUCGAAAAGGUCUCCUUCUGUGCUCCUGACCGCAACCUGGACAAGGCUUUCUCCUACAUCUGCCGCGACGGGACCACCCGCCGCUGGAUCUGCCACUGUUUCCUGGCACUCAAGGACUCCGGCGAGAGGCUGAGCCACGCGGUGGGCUGUGCGUUUGCCGCCUGCCUGGAGCGGAAACAGCGGCGGGAGAAGGAGUGCGGGGUCACGGCGACCUUCGAUGCCAGCCGCACCAGCUUCGCCCGGGAGGGCUCCUUCCGCCUGUCGGGGGGCGGGCGGCCUGCUGAGCGAGAGGCUCUGGACAAGAAGAAAGCAGAGGCAGCAGCUGCCCCCACUGUGGCUCCCGGCCCUGCCCAGCCCGGGCAUGUGUCCCCGACACCGGCCACCACAUCCCCUGGUGAGAAGGGUGAGGCAGGCACCCCGGUGGCUGCAGGCACCACUGCAGCUGCCAUCCCCCGUCGCCAUGCCCCCCUGGAGCAGCUGGUUCGCCAGGGCUCCUUCCGUGGGUUCCCGGCGCUCAGCCAGAAGAACUCACCUUUCAAACGGCAGCUGAGCCUACGGCUGAAUGAGCUGCCAUCCACGCUGCAGCGCCGCACUGACUUCCAGGUGAAGAGCACAGUGCCCGAGAUGGAGCCUCCCGGCGCCAGUGACAGCGACAGCAUCAACGCUCUGUGCACGCAGAUCAGCUCGUCUUUCGCCGGAGCUGGGGCACCAGGGCCACCGCCUGCCUCAGCAGGGUCUUCUGCCUGGGGUGAGCCCUCCGUGGCCCCGGCAGCUGCCUUCCAGCCUGGGCACAAGCGGACCCCUUCAGAGGCCGAGAGGUGGCUGGAAGAGGUGUCCCAGGUGGCCAAAGCGCAGCAGCAGCAGCAGCAGCAGCAGCAGCAAGUGUCCUUGGUGCCUGCCGUACCCCCUCCCCUGCAGCCCUUCCCCGCCCCUGUGGGGCCUUUCGAUGCUGCACCUGCCCAGGUGGCCCUGUUUCUGCCGCCCCCACACAUGCAGCCCCCUUUUGUGCCCACCUACCCAGGCUUGGGCUACCCGCCCAUGCCCCGCGUGCCCGUGGUGGGCAUCACACCCUCACAGAUGGUGGCCAACGCCUUCUGCUCAGCUGCCCAGCCCCAGCCCCAGCCCGCCACCCUGCUUGGGAAAGCUGGAGCCUUCCCGCCCCCUGCUGCACCCAGUGCCCCUGGGGGCCAGGCCCCCCCACGCCCCAAUGGGGCACCCUGGCCUCCAGAACCAGCACCUGCCCCGGCCCCUGAGUUGGACCCCUUUGAGGCCCAGUGGGCAGCACUAGAAGGCAAACCCGCUGCAGAGAAACCUUCUAACCCCUUCUCGGGCGACCUGCAAAAGACCUUCGAGAUUGAACUGUAGCCCGAGCCGCCCCGUUAUCUCCAGGUGCCCCACACCUGGGAGUGGAGGCCCACCUCUCCCUCAUCCUGCUCCACGGGGCUGCGCCCCUCAACAUCCCCUCUAACCCCUUCUCUGGACCACCCCCACAACCACUAUAGAACCGACAUUGUGCCGCCCAGGUUGUGACCAGAUGGAAUUCAGGGACGGACCCAGCCUGGCUAAGGGACCCGCUUCACUGCCAGACGUAGGCUGGCAAGGCUCCUCCCCCAGCCAGACGCAGGGAUGGCCACAGUCCCGCUGAGUGCCCUCGGCUCAAGCUACUUUUCCAGUUUCUGUUGUUGACCUUCCACCUUCCGGUGUUGGGUGGGAUGGGGGAGGGAUGCCCACUUAGGUCGCCCCCCCACACACAGCACAAGCAAAGGGCUUCCCUCUGCCCACCCGCUGCGUCACUGCCAAUGCUGUGCUCACCCCAGUUACCCCCUCUCCCCCACUCAGGGGCCCACAUCCUCCUAGGGCCAAGGUCUCGGGGGCAGGGGCCAAGUUGGGGG